AUGCUGAACAAAGCCAUCAUGUCUGGAAACAGAGAAGUGAUCAAUAUGUUAUAUUGUAAUCGCAAGGACUUUAGCAUCAACUUUAGUUUGGCGUUGGAGAAAGCCUCCGAGGUUGGCGACAUCGACACCAUUAGGAUGAUUGUCAACACAUUGAACUUGAGAACACUAUACUCUGAAAAGGUGAUGAUCAAUCUAAUCAAACAAGUCGGUGUUUCUGGCAGCAAGAUAACAGAGGAGGUCAUCGUUGAGAUUGGCAAGCAGUUCUCCUUCCCCAAUAACUCAUACAUUGUGGCCUCGUUGUUGAUACAUGCUUCCGCGAUAUCUGGAUCAUUGGUCAAGACGAUCAUCAAUCACUUCACAAGUCAUGGCGACAAGAUAUCCGAUUACAACAGGUUCAACUUUGAUGUGCGACCAUUGUUGAGUGAAGCGUUCAAAGCUGGCAAGCUGGACUCGAUUGAAUAUCUCCUGGAGCUGGCGCAAGCUAUCUCCAAGUGUGAGUUGGAAGAGAAGCUAAACACAAAGGACUUGUUUCCAUAUGAUAUAUCAAACGUAUCCAUACUCUCAUUCUUACUUGAGAAGGGAUAUCUUAAUGUUGGCGUGGAUCGUGUUGGUGGUGGUACAACUCACAGCAGGACAUUGGAACAGAUUGUAGACAAUGCAUGUAGUCAUGGACUUGUGGAGAUCAUUCAUAUGAUACAUCAACGAUGUACAACAAAAGAACAACUUCGUCGACAUCUACCAUCAUAUCACAAGCUGUAUGAGGCAUCAAUGAGUAAUCAUCACCAAGUACUCAGCUACCUCUUUGAAGGCGACCAAUCGCCAUUCAUCCAAGCGGGUGUCAAUCAACACAGCAUCAACAGUUUGUUACUGGAGAUCAAGUUCAAUGCAUGGCAUCAGGGAAACAUGAAGAUACUAGCAAUGUGCAAUCGAUUGAUCAAGUUAGAUACAUAG